AUGGGUCACCAGAAGCUCUACCGGAGCCACACAUGUAAAUUUGGCCAAAGUUACCACUCUUGUCACAUCUGCUCAAACCAACAUGGUCUGAUCUGGAAAUAUGGCCUCAAUAUGUGCUGCCAGUGUUUCCAUCAGUACAGGAAGGUUAUAGGUUUCAUGAAGUGGACUGAGUGA